CAAAAAUUUAUAUAUUUUUUGAAUGUUUUGUUUUUAUGUUAAAGCGAUUAAUGAAUAGAAUAAUUGGAUUCUCUGUUAAUGUAUUGAAGAGGAAAUUAAUUGCGAGAAAUUAUAUAUCAGUAUUGGAAAGAUCGACGAGAAUGUCAUCGUGUUUAGUGACUCGACCCGAUUUGCCGCAACCCCUGUACGACACGCUGAGGCCUAUGUGUGCGCUCGACGUGUGGCAAAAGCCGUCGAUUAUGCCGAGGGAUGAGUUACUCGAACGGAUUAGAGGCAAAUCGACUCUAGUCUGCACUCUCAGCGAUCGCAUCGAUUCUCAAGUGUUGAAUAGCGCCACAGAAUCGCUGCGAAUGAUCGCAACCAUAUCUGCCGGUUAUGACCACAUAGACAUCGAGGAAUGCCGCCGAAGAGGUAUCAAAGUGGGGAACACACCCGACGUGCUGACCGACGCCGUCGCGGAGCUCACCAUAGCCUUGCUUUUGGCCACAAGUCGACGACUUUUCGAGGCCAACAAAGCGAUGCGAAAUGGCGAAUGGAAGACGGGAUGGAAUCACCAGUUUAUGUGCGGCGCGUCUAUUAAGGACAGUGUUGUUGGUUUGGUGGGCGCGGGUCGUAUUGGAGAGGCUGUCCUCCAAAGACUGAUACCAUUUAAAGCCAAACACUAUCUCUAUUCGGGAAACAAAGCGAAGCCAUCGGUUGACUCAAUUGGCGCAAAGUUUGUAUCGUUUGACGAACUCUUGGAAAAGAGUGAUUUCGUAAUCAUUAGCUGUCCAUUGAAUGACAAAACCCGUCAUAUGUUUAAUGAGAAGGCAUUGAAACGGAUGAAGAAGAGCGCGAUUUUGAUUAACACAAGUCGUGGUCCUGUUGUCGAUCAGAGCGCUCUUUACAAUGCAUUAAAGAACGGAGACAUUAGAGGAGCCGGACUUGACGUCAUGGAAGUGGAACCGAUCCCUCUCGACGACCCCCUCCUCUCAUUGUCUAACGCCGUAAUAUUACCACACAUUGGAAGCGCUGCUGAGGAUAGUCGACUGGCAAUGGCUGUGUUAACGGCUCGCAAUGUGAUGGCAGGCCUGCAACAGAGCCCACUGCCCGCUCCCGUCUGCCAAUAGUCAUCUCACAUAUGAAUUCCUU